GAGCUAUAAAUGGGCGUCUGGUCAGCAACUUAAGUGGCUCCGCUCCAACAUGGCUGCAUCAAAGAUGGUAAUGGCCUCGCUAACCCACUGCCGUGCUCUAACGUGCGCGGCCACAACCUCAGCGUCCGCCUCUGGUCCUGCGCGCCUGGUGCCACACCCACCUGACCUUAUCAAGUGGGUCCGGAGGGAAGGUGGGUUCGUACAUCCGGCGGUGAAGAUAGCCGAGGAUGGCACCACGGGUCUUGGACUCGCUGCAUCUGCAGAAAUCCCGAAAGGUUCCAACCUUAUUGCUCUUCCCGACCACGUUCCCUUGAGGUUUGAGUCAGACGUUGGAGAUGGUCUUGACUCUGUUUUGGCCAAUUUGGCUCACCGAGUUCCUGAGGAACUGUGGGCAAUGAAAUUGGGUUUGAAGCUUCUACAAGAAAGAGCAAAGGUUGGAUCCUACUGGUGGCCAUACAUCAGCAAUCUCCCUGAAACUUACAGUGUACCCAUCUUCUUCCCUGGGGAGGAUAUAAAGAACUUGCAGUAUGCUCCUCUUCUUCAUCAGGUAAACAAGAGAUGCCGGUUUCUUCUUGACUUUGAGCAAGAAGUGAGACAUAUUCUUGAGGAUCUGAAACCAGAUGAUCACCCUUUUGGUGGCCAAAUGGUAGAUGCAUCCUCCUUAGGGUGGGCAAUGUCGGCAGUCUCUUCUAGGGCAUUUCGUUUGCACGGUAAAAUGCACCCAGAUGGGACCCACAACUAUGUCCCCAUGAUGCUUCCACUCAUCGAUAUGUGCAACCAUAGCUUCAAUCCAAAUUCCGAAAUAGUUCAGCAGCAAGAUGCUGGGAACUUGAAGAUUCCAAUAAAGGUUGUAGCAGCAAGAGUGAUCAAACAAAAUGAUCCCUUAUUACUUAAUUAUGGCUGUUUAAACAAUGAUCUUUUCCUGCUGGAUUAUGGAUUUGUGAUACACUCCAACCCCUAUGACUGUAUUGAACUCAGAUAUGAUGGAGCUCUUUUGGAUGCUGCAAGCAUGGCUGCUGGAGUUUCUUCGCCCAGCUUCUCAGCUCCAGCUCCGUGGCAGGAAGACAUUUUAUCCCAGCUAAAUUUUUACGGAGAAACUCCUAUUCUCAAGGUAAGCUUGGGAGGUCCAGAGUUAGUAGAUGGCCGAUUUUUGGCAGCCGUAAGAGUACUCCUUGCGAGCGACAUGGAUACAGUGCACAAGCAUGAUUUGAACACACUUGCAUCUUUAUCAGCUGAAGCUCCUCUUGGUAUUGCAAAUGAAGUAGCUGCUUUCCGAACCAUUAUUGCGCUCUGUGUUAUUGCAUUAGGACAUUUCCCCACCAAAAUAAUGGAGGACGAAUCACUAUUGAAAGAGGGUGUCUCAGGUUCAACUGAGUUGGCCAUCCAGUUCAGAAGGCAGAAGAAAUAUAUGAUUAUAGAUGUGAUGAGAGAUCUCACAAGGAGGGUAAAGUUAUUCUCGUCAAAGGAAGAAGCGACGGCACAAGGCUAAUUUAUGAUGAUGGAGUCAUUUUCAAUGUGAUUUGUUGGUGCAGGGAUCUUCACUAUUCCAAAUAUUGGCAUGUAUGUUGUCAUUCUGUUUUUACUGUUUUCAUUCUUGUAUUCGUUUCAGCUAUCUUUCUGCUUUUCGGUUACCUAUCGAUUGUGUUUGUAGAAAAUUUUGACUGGCUAUUCUGGAGACAACUCCUUCAGUUAUCUAUGGUUUUGCA